GGACCAGGUUCCCCGAUUUUAUUGAAGACUCUUGGGGGGGGGGCGGGCGGCUUUUCGGCUUUUGUUCCCGUUUUUUACAAUCCGCUGCCCCCAGAGGGGAAAGCGUUUUUCUGUGCUGGAGGAGGGGUUCCGUGGUGAGCCCGUUUCGCCACGGAGUUGAGCCCAGGAGUUGAGCCCAGUCGCGUUUCCUGGCUGCCGCGAUUGGUGGUGUCAGAAGGGGUCUGUGCAUUUGCGAGUCCAGCGAUCUGUACAAACUGUGCCGAACUGCCUCUAAUCCUUACCCACUUUUUUUCUUCACAUGCUGAUAAAUGAGGAUUCAUGGGUGUUGAGUCGGAGUCCUGGGGACCCUGGACGGCUGUCAUGGAGACGGAGAGCGAGCAGACCUCCAGCUCCGCCAACGGGAGUUCCGGCUCGGGGGCCAGCUCUCGGCCCCAGAUAGCGCAGAUGUCGCUGUACGAGCGGCAGGCCGUGCAGGCCCUGCAGGCUCUGCAGCGUCAGCCCAAUGCAGCUCAGUAUUUCCACCAGUUCAUGCUCCAGCAGCAACUCAGCAAUGCCCAGCUGCACAGCCUGGCCGCCGUCCAGCAGGCCACCAUCGCGGCCAGUCGGCAGGCCAGCUCCCCCAGCACCAGCAGCACGCAGCAGCAGGCUGCCACCACCCAGGCGUCGAUCAACCUGGCGACCACCUCGGCGGCGCAGCUCAUCAGCCGCUCGCAGAGCGUGAGCUCCCCGACGGCCACCACGCUGACCCAGUCCGUGCUGCUGGGCAGCCCUACCUCCCCGCCGCUCAGCCAGUCGCAGGCGCAGAUGUACCUCCGGCCACAGCUGGGCAACCUGUUGCAGGUCAACCGGACCCUGGGCCGGAAUGUGCCUCUGGCCUCCCAGCUCAUCCUGAUGCCCAACGGGGCGGUGGCUGCCGUCCAGCAGGAGGUGCCCUCGGCGCCGUCGCCGGGAGCGCAUGCCGAUGCCGAUCAGGUGCAGAACUUGGCGGUCCGGAACCAGCAGGCCUCAGCCCCGGGCCCCCAGAUGCCCGGCUCCGCGCAGAAGGCCAUCGCGCCCGGGGCCGCCCCGGUCUCCAGUCUCUCCCAGGCCUCCAGCCAGGCCCUGACGGUGGCUCAGGCGUCCCCCGGGGCCUCCGGCCAGUCCCUCAACCUCAGCCAAGCUGGUGGCGGCAGCGGGAAUAGCCUCCCCGGGCCCCUGGGUCCCGGCGGAGGCGGCCAGGCGCCCGGGGGCUUGGGCCAGCUGUCCUCGCCCGGCCUGGGCGGUGGCGGGAGCUGCCCCAGGAAGGGCACGGGGGUCGUGCAGCCCCUGCCCGCGGCGCAGGCGGUGACCGUGAGCCAGGGCAGCCAGACGGAAGCGGAGAGCGCCGCGGCCAAGAAGGCCGACGCCGACGGCGCGGCUCAGCAGAACGUGGGCAUGAACCUGACGCGGACCGCCACGCCCGCCCCCAGCCAGACCCUCAUCAGCUCAGCCACCUACACGCAGAUCCAGCCGCACUCCCUCAUCCAGCAGCAGCAGCAGAUCCACCUGCAGCAGAAGCAGGUCGUGAUCCAGCAGCAGAUCGCCAUCCACCACCAGCAGCAGUUCCAGCACCGCCAGUCGCAGCUGCUGCACACGGCCACGCACCUGCAGCUGGCGCCGCCCCAGCAGCCGCCGCCCGCGCCCGCGCCCGCGCCUGCGCUCUCGGCGCCGCCGCCGCCCGCCGUCCCGCCCGGCGCGCCGCUGCCGCCCUCCCCGUCCCAGCCGCCGGCACAGACGCUGGUGGUGCAGCCCAUGCUGCAGUCGUCGCCCCUGUCGCUGCCGCCCGACCCCGCCGCCAAGGCCCCGCUCCCCAUCCAGUCCAAGCCGCCCCUCGCGCCCCUCAAGCCCUCCCAGCUGGGCGCCGCCAAGCUGGCCGCCGCGCCGCCACUGCCGCCGCCCCACAUCCCCGUGCAGGUGGUGGGCACGCGGCAGCCCGGGGCCGCGCAGGCCCAGGCGCUGGGCCUGGCCCAGCUCACCGCCGCCGUCCCCGCGUCCCGGGGCAUGCCCGGCCCGGGCCCGCCCGCCCCGGCCCAUCUGGCCGCCUCGCCGCCCGUGUCCCAGGCGCCUGGGGCGCUGCAGGAGUGCCCCCCGUCCCUGGCCGCGGGCAUGGGCCUGGGCCCGGUGCAGGGCACCACGCACGUGGUCAAGAGCGGGGCGCCCGCCGCCUCGCCGCUGGUGGCGCAGGUGCCCGCGGCCUUCUACAUGCAGUCCAUGCACCUGCCGGGCAAACCCCAGACGCUGGCCGUGAAGCGCAAGGCCGAGACGGAGGAGGAGAGAGACGACGGCCCCGCCUUGGGGUCCCUGCUUCCUGCCAAGGUGUCCCCAGUAGCAGAGAGCCCAAAGAUCCUGGAGGAGAGGGGUGGCUUCGGAGAGAAAGCGGACCCCGGCGCCAGCGUGAACGCCAAGCCCCCCGGCGGGGACCUCGCAGCCAUGGCCCCGGCUCCCUCGGCACCGCCUCCUACCCUCGCCAUGGUGUCCAGACAGAUGGGCGACUCCAAGCCCCCCCAGGCCAUCGUGAAGCCCCAGAUCCUCACGCACAUCAUCGAGGGCUUCGUCAUCCAGGAGGGCGCCGAGCCUUUCCCGGUGGGCUGCUCUCAGAUCCUGAAAGAGUCCGAGAAGCCGCUUGCCACCAGCCUCCCUCCGGGCCUGAAGGAGAAGCAGCCAGCCGGGCCCUUGGGUGGAAGUAGCCCGUCCGCUGAGCCAGACAAGAAGGCCAACCUCCUCAAGUGCGAGUACUGCGGGAAGUACGCGCCCGCCGAGCAGUUCCGCGGCUCCAAGCGCUUCUGCUCCAUGACCUGCGCCAAGAGGUAUAACGUGAGCUGCAGUCACCAGUUCCGGCUGAAGAGGAAAAAAAUGAAAGAGUUUCAGGAAGCCAAUUACGCCCGCGUGCGUCGGCGCGGGCCCCGCCGCAGCUCGUCGGACAUCGCCCGUGCCAAGAUCCAGGGCAAGCGCCACCGGGCGCAGGAGGACUCCAGCCGGGGCUCGGACAACUCCAGCUACGACGAAGCCCUCUCCCCAACGUCGCCGGGGCCCCUGUCCGUGCGGGCCGGGCACGGGGAGCGGGAGCUGGGCAACCCCGCCACGGCGCCCCCCACGCCCGAGCUGCACGGCAUCAACCCCGUGUUCCUGUCCAGCAAUCCCAGCCGCUGGAGCGUCGAGGAGGUGUACGAGUUCAUCGCUUCCCUGCAAGGGUGCCAAGAGAUCGCAGAGGAGUUCCGCUCCCAGGAGAUUGACGGACAGGCCCUGCUGCUCCUGAAGGAAGAGCAUCUCAUGAGUGCCAUGAACAUCAAGCUGGGCCCGGCCCUCAAGAUCUGCGCCAAGAUCAACGUCCUGAAGGAGACCUAAGGAGGUGCUCUGGCCCGGCCCCCCACCCGCCCCGGGCCGACCCCCCGCCGUCCGGGCUAGCCCCGGGUCCCGGCCGGCCGUCCCCGGGACGCCCCGUCUCCCGGCGAGCGGGUUCCCGAGACGGGGAAGCUGACCAAGUCCAAGAGUCGGACGCUGGUGCUCCACGGUGGCAGCUGUGACCUUUUUUCUCUGGGUUCUACUCUGUUUUCUCAAACCUCGGCAACUCUCGCCGUCCUCAAGACCGGCCAGUCUCGACCACCCCAGGCAGUCCAGGAGACCGAGGACUGCCCAGCCUUAUCCUGGCGCCGAGUCAGGCCCGGGCGCCUCCCAGCUCGCGUGACCCGGAAGCAGAACCUGGCGCGCGCCCCCGGCCCCCCAGCCUCCCCCCGCCACCCACCCACCCACCCCGGACUGUCUGGCUGUCGCUGUGGCCCAUGUCCCCGUCGUCACUCGAGGAACCGGGUCUCCUGUUCCCAGGGCCAGUCGCCAGGACCGUCCCACUCCUGCAGGGACUGUUUGCACCACGUGGUCCUCAUCGUCCUUCCUGCGUCCCCCGCCCCCCCUCACUCAUCUGUUGGUCCCCCCCCCUUCUGUUCCCCUCCAGCUCCGCGCGUCCUAUAGCUUUAUAAACAGGAGUGCCUGGGGCUGCUGCCCGGAGUCACACCCGCCGCAGGCCCCAGUCCUUAUACUACACAAAUAUUAAAUAUUUUUUUCCUCCUCAGUAAAAGGAAGAAAAUUGGC